AUGACCUCCGUUCCGCCACCUUCCUCCACGGCACCGCUUGUCUCCAGCGCGCUCAAUGUCCCAACGGCUACUUCCUACCCCUCUGUGAAUUGCCUCCAGUGGUCUUCUGAUGGGCAACUAUGUUUCGUGACAAAAACCGCGAUUUACAUCCUUACCCCAGAUCACGGAAUCAACUUUGACAAUACCUCCGUGAUCAAGUCUUCCUUGAACAAAGAAAGUCGCGAAGACUCUCAAGCGCUGGGGUGGUUUAGAACCAUUAUUCAGUUUGACAAGUCUGAAGGGAUUCGGUGGCCUGAUCAUUCUCAAGCAUGGGGCGCUGCAUCCCUGGGGUCAAUCGACUUGUCACCCUCGUCAGUAGCAAUUUCACCAAGCGGUUUGUCCUCCGAUGGCGGCUGCGUCCUAGCAAUGCUCAGCUCUAACAUGGACCUCACUCUCUGGGUUGCCGGAAAGAAUUAUCUGAAAGGAGAAUGGCCGAAAGCCGCCGACGUCACACCAUUUCUUCUGGAGACUCACCCAUCCGAAGAUAUUCUGAAAUCACAGGUCAUCAGCGUGGCUUGGACUCCUUUUGCCAAUUUCAACGUUUGCCCGACGCCCUUGGUGAACAGCUCUUUUCUCGUAAUCGGCAGCAGAGCAGGUUCUAUCACCCUUCUCCGGUACCACGCUCACAAAGAGAUUGAACACAUUCACACUAUUUCAGUCGCAGACAGGUGGAUAACACAACUAGCGCCAUCUGCAUGGAGCCUCGCAUCCCCCGGUGUUUGCGAAGGAUACAUCGCUUAUGGAAGUGCCGACGGUUCUGUGGGUCUUAUCAAGAUCACCCAGGUCCUACAAGAAACAGAUGGAGAAUUCCAUUUUGCUCAAAACUUUGUAUUGGAGGUUACCGUUGAACGCGGCCCGGAAUUACUAUUUGGUCCUGAUAAAACUGGAAUUACGGCCUUGAUAUGGGUGGACAUCGUUGGAAGAGCCCAUUCUGGUCGUCUGCAAACCUGGAAUCGUGCACCUCUGGACUGUAGCUGGCGAAGAAUUCGGCUGGACGGGAUCUCGUUCUCUCUUAAUCAAGACACAAAAGAUAUCCGCAGUCUCAUCCGCAUUCCCAUCAGUGUCGGGAAUUGUUUACCUUCGGCUACGAGACAUACUCGUGUAAUCCUCUCCGAUGGGUCAUUCCACACUAUCCAUAACCUCUCAAAAGACCCCUCUUGGACAUCUCAGAAGGAGGAUGACCAGAUUACUUCAGACAACCUGUCUAAAACGUCUCGCAGUGUCUUCGUCAAGGCAGAGCAAGGCGCCGUUGAUCAGAACGAUAUGAACCGGAUUACUGGGACGAUAUCUUAUGACGAUCAUGCCACUUUUUUGUGGGCUUACGAGACAGCAAACCCUUCAGACUUUAGCUACAAACACGAUGCGAAACAUAGUAGCAUGCUGAUCGCUGCGCAAAUGUGGGAAGACGAUGAAGACGAUGUGCUUCUCAGAGGCCUUGCCAACACAUUGAACGGCGUCAGGACAGCCAUCGGCUCCGAGCCCCUCCACGUCCUCCGCCCAUACCUCUUCCACCUUCGGAAUCAACGAAAGCUCGCCUCCUUACAUCCCCACUUCCUCGAGAUCUUGAAGCCGACAUUCGCGGACCACUCGGUUGACAUUCAUAUUCCACAAUGUACUGGAGAAAUGACGCCCGAACUCCGCCGGGAUUUCAGGACGAGUCUUUCCAGGCAUUUAUUCGGGUGGGAUGUACUGCUUUCGCUUAGGAUGCGGCUCUCGCUGGCCGACUUUGCUUGGAAACUAUCCAUAAGCCCGGAACAACAAGCAGACUGCGGGCAUGUUGCUCAAGGACUUCUCAACACCAUCUCACAUCGUGUGCUACGCACGAUAAUUCGGCACCUGGCUUCUGUCACCAACUGCCUCCAACCCAACGACGUCCCAUUUGCAUUAAGAAUGGUGGUUCAGUCUCUUCUCCCUGGUAGCCCUCCGGAUCUAUCACAAGAAGGACGAGACCUGGCGGCACUUGUGGAGGGCCUCACAAGCAACCCAUCGUCUCCAAUAUCAAACGAACUAAACGAAGUGUGCCCGGCUUGCAAAGUAGAGGUUCCACUGCAAGAUAUCACAACAGCUGUAUGUCCCAACGGCCACACAUGGGCCCGAUGCUCCAUAACAACUUUCAUUCUAUCCACUCCUCGGGUCCGAACUUGCGUAGGAUGCAGUCGGAAGGCGUUCCUCCCCGUGUCGGCGCCGAAUUCGCCUGAUCACAGUUGGCUACCACCAACAGCUCGGGGAUGGGUAGUUGAAGAGCUUCUGGAGGCUGUUCAUCGGUGUCUGUUCUGCAACAACAGCUUCGUCAGCGUUCUUUGA